UGAAAUUUAAUUAAAGUGUGCUUACAUUUCUAAUAUAAUCUUCUAUAAAUAUCACAAAACACAUUCUCAAAGGACACAACAAAAUUUGAAGAAUGGCAUCAUCAACUUCUGUCCUUUCAAUACCAUCACUUCCAUUCAAACCAUUUUCUCAAAAAAGAUCAAUAAGUACAAGAACAAUGACUUUGGCAAUGAAACGAGAUCAAGCCAAUGAUCAGAAUUAUUAUAAUGGUGGAAAUGUGGACGAAAACAUGAUUAUACUUAGAAAAAGGAUUCAAGAGAUGAAGAUGAUAGAGAAGAAUUACGAGCCACCAACAGAAUGGAUGGAUUGGGAGAAGAACAUUUAUGUGAAUUAUAAUUCGAGUAUUUGUGAAGCCAUGGGAUUAUUGCAAUAUUUGUUGAUGAAUACAAGGCCAAGCUUGGCUUUAGGGAUGGUUGUACUUAUUGCAUUGAGUGUGCCCACAUCAACUUUUUUUGUACUUUUUCAUCUCGUAGAGUUUACUAAAGGGGUUUUGGCUGGUAUUCAUAUUUGUUAAAAACUCAAUAGCUGUAGUAUAUGUAGAAAAGAUGAAGAAGAAAGUUCUUUAUUUUUUUAUUUUUUGUGGCUUUAAGAUUGAUUCUUUUGAUUUGUUAAUAUCAUUUGAAGAUUCAAAUUGACAUGAAUAACGAAAAUACUAGUAUUUGUUA